AUGUUCGUCCCAUCCGAGCCAAUCGAGCAAAUCGCACUUCAUGGAUUCAAUCUGCUGUCGAAUUGGGAGUCAAGAGAUUCUCUGGAAGAAUUGAUCAAGAACGAUUAUACACUGGAAAUGUACAGAACGUACGAAAUCAAACGAUUCUGUAGAUACUAUCUAAACGGAUCCUGCGAUUUUAUGGCCAGAAGAAUUAUCAAGAAGAUUGAAGCAUUGGAGAUGAAGGAACAAGAGGAGAGAUCUGGAACACAACCUGCCACGUCAUCAUCUUUAUUCAAGUCAUCUGCAGUCGUUGCGACGUCUUCUACCAACAAACCACCCACUUCUGCACUGCCUACAGUAACCGUCAAUAAGCCUUCUGUCGUCGAGAAGAUCCCAACUUCGAAAGACAUUCCCAUUCCACCCAAGCCAUCUGUAAAUCAGCCGACUGUCUCAGUUUCUACGAAGUCUUCUAAACCAACCGUUCCAUCGAAGAGACCACUCCCUGAACUCGUCAUCUCAUCGAAAAGAACUCUUCCAACCAAGUUCGUUCCAAAGAAGAAAGAAGAAGUGCCAGUGGCCUAUCAGAAGCCAUCAAGUGUCCAGAAUCCAGAAGUGUCCAGAAGACCAUCGAUCGAUAAGAAGUUGGAUGAAGAGAAACGCUUGCAGAAGUUUAUCGAAAACAAGAAGAUUGCUGAAGAGAAGAAGAAGGAAGGAGCCAUUGGAGUAUCGAAAGUGAUGAAUUCUCUGGAAGAGGCUCGUCUCAAGAGGAAGCAAGAAGCACUCAAAGCAAAGCAACUCGGAUUCUGGGAGGAGGAGCCAAAGGCAAAGAAGGCACGCCAUUCCAAAUAUCAAUUGUCAUAA